AUGCCGAGCGAUGCGGCGAAGAAACGCGCGCGCGCGGACGAGACCCCGGAGGCGCGCGCGCGACGAAAGGCGGCGAAGCGAGCGAAGAAAGAUGCGGAGGAGCGGCGGCGAGACGUCGAGCGCGACGCGUCGCCGUCGAUCGAGGCGCCGCCCACGCCCACGCUCAAGCGCGUGGCGUCCAAGGAAGACUUUCGUAAGGAGCAUCAGAUAUCGAUCAAGAACGCGUGCGAGCGGACGAGGGAUUUGGAGCCGUACGUGACGUUUGACGACGCAAAGUUUCCGGCGGCGCUGCGAAAGGCGUUAAAGGCGCAAGGAUACGACGCGCCGACGCCGAUUCAGGCCGAGGCGUGGCCGAUUUUGUUGAAAGGGAAAGAUGUGGUGGCGAUCGCGAAGACGGGUUCGGGGAAGACGUGCGGGUUCUUACUCCCGGCGUUGGCGAAAAUCGUCGCCGAGGGGACGCAAAAGGCGCCGGAGAUGCAACUCGUCGACGGGCGAUGGAGACCGGGAGCGGUGACGCCGAGCGUGAUCGUUCUCGCGCCGACGCGAGAGUUGGCGAUUCAGAUUCACGACGAGUGCGCCAAGUUUUGUCCGGCGGCGGGAUGUCGUUCGGCGGUGCUCUACGGAGGCGCCGCCAAGGGCGACCAGCUUCGAGCGCUGCGCUCUGGCGCGGAUGUCGUCGUCGCCACCCCGGGGCGCUUGAACGAUUUCUUAGAGCCCCCUCCCGGAUUCACCGCCCCCGUGAGCGCCGUGAAGGCGGCGUACGUGGUAUUGGACGAAGCUGAUCGCAUGUUAGACAUGGGUUUCGAGCCGCAGAUUAAGAAGAUUUUUAAGCUGUGUCCGUCGGCGCGACAGACGGUGAUGUUCACCGCGACGUGGCCGAAGGGCGUGCAAAAGAUCGCCGAUGCGUUCACGACCAAGCCGAUUCACAUCCAAAUCGGUUCUGGUGGGGACAAGCUCACGGCGAACAAGUCCAUCACGCAAACCGUGGAGGUGGUGGAGGAGGAGGAAAAGUUUGAUCGAUGCGUCGCCAUCCUGAAGAAGGAGCUCGGUAAGAACGAGACGUGCAUCAUGUUCGCCGGCACGAAACGUCGAUGCGAUUUCUUAGAUCGCCGACUGAAACAAGUCGGGUUCUCAUCCGCGGGGUCGAUUCACGGCGACAAGGAUCAGUACGAGCGCGAGAUGGUGCUCGACAAUUUCCGACGCGGUCGCGGGAACAUUCUCGUCGCAACCGACGUCGCCGCUCGCGGCUUGGACAUCCCGGGCGUCGCCGCGGUCAUCGUGUACGAUUUUCCACUUCAGGUCGAGGACUACGUGCACAGAAUCGGCCGAACCGGUCGCGCGGGUAAGGAUGGAAAGGCUUUCACGUUUUUCACCAAGGACAACCGCGGCGCUGCGAAUGAGCUCAUCGAAAUCCUCCAGGGUGCGGGUCAAACCGUUCCUCUGGCGCUCCAGGCGAUGCAACGCAAGGGUGGCGGCGGCGGCCGCGGCUACUCCGGCGGCCGAGGCGGCGGCAGAGGCCGAGGCGGCGGCAGAGGCGGCAGAGGCGGCGGCAGAGGCAGAGGCGGCGGCAGACAUAACAAGUGGUGA